UGCCUUGCCAGUCUGUAAGUACCAUCAAUCAUUGCACCACGCAAUGAACACCGUCACGUUCGAACCCGUCCUGCCGGAUGGAAUCCCAGAUGCUCGUGAAUUUAUUCUGCAGUAUUUCUACCCUUUCGAACCGAUGAACCGGGCCUACAUCAACGGGAAGGAACCGGCCCAGGAAGACGUAGAAUUUACUGUUGCCUAUCUGAAGCAAGGCUUAGGAAUCAGAGCAGUUGACGGUAGUGGACGAAUUAUUGGGCUUUCGCUGGAAUACAUUGGAGAGGAGAGUGAUGUACAUGCCAUGCUGGACGAGGCCAAGGAGCAGAAGUGGGCCGAUGUGCUGCAAUUUUUGGCAUACGUGCAGCAGGAGGCAAACGUUCCGGAAAAGUACGAAGCACCUUAUGAGAUUCAGAUGGUAGCGGUUCAUCCGGAUUACCAGGGCAGAUCGAUUGCCAGGGAGCUAGUGAAGAGACAAAUCGAGUUGGCCAAACGGCGAGGAUUCGUCGCGGUGUACGUAGAUUGCUCCAGUGUAUUUACGGCAAAAAUUAUGAAAAAGCUGGGCUUUGAGUGCAUUCAUAAGAUUGCACUUGCCGACUAUCGAAACAAAGAGGGCUUGCAGAUCUUUCAACCAGACAACGAGAUCCACACCGAGAUGCAAUCAUUUUUCAAAACAAUAUAAUUGGUUCUGCUGGCAGUGCAUCGAUGCAUCUGGUACCAUGUAAAGCAUUUAUGCCCAGAUAAUUACAGGUACAGCUGCUGCUCGGUAAAUUGAACAGAAAGAAAAUACACUCGUUAUCGAAUGUAUAGAUA